AUGGCCGGUUACGCCCGCCCCACUCUGUUCCAGGCUACAGCGCCGAGCGUGGCGAUGCAGAGCGCGUACGCCGUGGCGCUCGAGGUGGCGUAUGCGGACCUUGGCGCACCAGCGCGUGCGGACGUGAUCGAGUCUGUCGAGUCCUUCGAUGCGGUCUUGCCGCUGCUGCCAUCGCCUGGCGGACUGCAGGCAGGCGCUGCACCCGCGUCGAUAGGUGCCUACGCCACGCUAGGCGCACCUGAUACGCCCAAAUCUGCUUCAGCCAGCACCUACGCCACACUGGGCGCACCCGAUACGCCCACAUCUGCUCCAGCCAGCACCUACGCCACACUGGGCGCACCCGAUACGCCGCCCACAUCUGCUCCAGCCAGCACCUACGCCACACUGGGCGCACCCGAUACGCCCACAUCUGCUCCAGCCAGCACCUACGCCACACUGGGCGCACCCGAUACGCCGCCCACAUCGGCUCCAGCCAGCACCUACGCCACGCUACACUGGGCCCAGCGCCUCGAUGUCAUCCUGUCCCGCUCGUGGGACACGGCGUCCGACUCGGCAUCGCGCCGCGGCCUGGAGCUCGGCGCCCUUCUUGCCGAGUUUCACUCGGUCGCCGUCGCCCUCACCUCGACGAUUGUCUCGGAGGUCCACCUGCCCAACGAAGCCCGCUCUCUGCCGGCGCUUGACUCUGUCGGCGGCGUCGCCGGUGGCACAAAGUACGCCGCACGCGGCAUCUUUCUCAAGCUUGCUCUCGACUCGGAGGGCAUCUACGGCUCCGACGCCGAGGCCGCCACCGCCGCCGGCCACGAGCUCACCGGCCUGCAAGCUCUCCUCUCGUGGGCAGUCUCCCACUCGUGGAUCGUCUCCGCCCACGACAUCGCUGUCCGCUUCCCGCUCGCCUGCGUCGUCCACUACAUGGGCUACACCAUCUUCGCCCUCUCGCUGCUGCCCAUUACGGAUGACUCGCUCGUCUACGGCUCGUCCGACGGCGGCCACACCGUCCACGCAGACAUUCCAGCCGUCAACGCCUGGAUGGCUGACGUCGGUGCCUACUGGGGCCUUGCCCCACAUGGUGUCGGCCUCUCCGAGCCCGCUGUCCGCACUAUGGCCCUCUGUGGCGACAUCGAGGCUCACACCGUUGCUGAUCGCAUCUACGUCCUCGACACGCACCGAGUCUUCCCACCGCGCGCCCUCCCGCCGCCCGACGCCCUUCACUCCUCCGUCCGCGCCCCCCAUCUCACACGCCUCUUUCGGCCUGAGUUCGUCCAGGGUCACAGCACGCCACUCUGCGCCGACGGAUACUCGCUCUGGGGCGCUCCUGCCCGCGACACGUCGAUUCUCGCCGGCCACAACGCUGCCAUCAUCAAGGCGUCGGCCCGGCUCGAGAACGAGCUCAUUCCGGCCUUUGCUGCAAACUGGGCCGCCCCACACCGCUGGCCUCUCCUCGCCACCCCGCUGGCCUCGCUCGCUCCUGCCGAUGUCGUCGACACCGCGCGCCUCUUUGUCGUCACUCUCAACGCCGCCGGCAUCAACGUCGAUUACCUUGGCGCGCUCCUGCUCCACCUCUCGGACGACUCGCCCAUUGCGGCGCUCGUCGCUCACGAGCUUGCCGCGCGCGUCGCCCGCGAGCUUCUACACAGCCACCUUCGCGAGCUCGCCGCCGCCGCCGCCGCCACCGCCACCCUGGGUGCUCACAUGCCCCCGGCCGAGCUUGACGCCCGCCGCCGCGCCGUCAUUACCAAGUUUGUCGACACCCUCUGUCGCCAUCCCAGCGCUCCAACCGAGUGGUCCUCCGUCUUCUACUCGACGGUCUUCCCCGCCGCGCUCACUCUCUCGGUCUUUGUUGAUGGCCAUCGCUCGCACGCCGCCAUCCGCGCCGCCGUCCUCUCCCGCUGCACCCCAGAUGCGCUCUGCGCGCCACUCCUCGCCGCCCGCCUCGCCUCGCUCCUCGGCCUUGCCCUCGAAUCCCCGCUGCCGCCGGCCAACGCGCCCGAGUGGACAAACCGCUUUCUCGCGCCAGGCACCUCGGUCCUCGCCGCUGCUCGAGCCUCCUUCCAUCCGCGCACCGACGACAUCUUUCUUCGCCCAUUCUCGAUGGCGUUUGCGCUGCAGUUUGGUGUCGACAAUGCCGCGUCUUCGUCGCAUCAGCACCUCACCCCGCCGUACACCACGGCGGUCCACUCCCACGGCCUAGUCCCACCCGGCCCACGGGACGGUACUUUUGGUUGCGACGUGUGCGAUGCUGUUACUGACCCGCACAGCCCACUCACUGUUCACUGUUCCCAGCCUGACUGCGACUUUGAUCUCUGCGCCACCUGCCUCCUUGCCUCUGUCGGCACCUUCACCAUGCUUCACGCCCACGGCCUAGUGGUGGCCGACGACGCCCCGGCCGCACCAUGCUCGGCCUGCCUUCGCAACACCGCCCACGUGCCGGGCCCCGACGGCACGAUUGCCGCCUACGUCUGCAUCGCCAAGUGCUCCGAGCCCAUCGUCCUUUGCGCCGCCUGCGUCGUCGCGGCCACAGCUACCCCGCUCCCAUCACCGGGCGCUGCCACCUUCCACGAUAGCUACGCUCAGGCUGCUGAGCUCUACCUGGCGUCCCUCGAGGCUUGGCCGUCUGCAGUCGAGGCCGCUUCGAACUGGGCCGGCAUCAUCACGGAGCAGAUCGAGGCUGGCGCCCGCGACACCCCGGUUCUCAUCGCCCGCUACAAGACGCUCAUGGACCUUGUCAUCGCCGGUAUCGAGCGCCAGCCGGAGACCCGUGAGCGGAGUUUUGACCUGGCACGGGCGCACGCCAAUGUCGCAAGGUUUGCAUCGGUCGUCCUCGGCGAUGACGGCGAAGCCCGUGCUCACAUUGCCGCCGCGCUAGCGGUCGCGCCUAACUAUGUCACCGCCAACGUACGCGACAUCGAGCUCGACAUCAAAGCCCGCCGCCUUGCCUGCGAUCCCGAGCUCGCGCACACCGUCGUCACCGUUCACAUGCCGAGGCUCGAAGCCCUGUAUCACUCAUCGGGUGGCGAUGCGCUAGUCUCGGCCACUCUUGCCCAGCUCGCCUUUGACCACACCGACAACGUCACCACCGCUUGCCGCUACGCGUCGCGGGCGCUGCUUGGCUCGAUCAACGACCGCAACCGACGGCGUCACGCCAUCUCGUCUUCGCUCCUUCGCAUCGCCCACCAGCACUACGCCACCUUUCCGGUCUCGUUUGGCUGCCACACCCAGCACGCCGUCGACGCUGCAAACGUCGAACUCGACGCGCGGCUGGCCGAGACGCUGGCUCGCGACGAGAUGUUAACUGCCGACGACGUGGCCGAAAUGUGCCGCUCCCUCUUCGCUGCCCGCCGCGCCGCCGACCUUGUCCAUCUCAUGCGAACGUUUGAUGCGAGUGAACAACUCGCAGGCCUGGCGCCGGUCGAGGACCGGAUAGAGAUGUUGUACAUGCUUGGCUGGGCUGUUGAUGAGCUCCACGAUACCGAGAGUGCCUGCGCCGUCUACACCACCCUCUUUGGCCUCUGUCCUAAGGCCAGCGGGGCAUCGUCAACGCUCGCCGAGAUGGCGAGCGAUGCAGCGGUCCGGUUUGCCUUUGGCUCGCCACCGUCAGUCGCUGAUGGUGCCGCAGCCUUUACAGCCAUCCUCCCGCUCGUGGCUGCCUCGGGCUCACUCACUACCCACAUCAACACGCUCCACUCGGCCGCUCUCUUCUAUUCGAGCGUCGCCGGGUGCUGCGCCGAAGCAAGCGUGCUGAUGGGCGAGGGCCUUGUGCGGUGCUGCGCCGCUUCCGAGGAGCUCGACGAGAGCGCGCUGGUCUCCGGCGGCGCGCUGCUGAGCAGUUUCGGCACACUCCUUGCCAAGCUCGGCCUUGACAGAAGUGCAGCUAGGGAGGCACUGGCACCAGUCUUUUCAGCUGUUGCCGCCGCUGCCGCCAGCGUCUCGCCGCAGGCUGCAGCCGAGAUGGCGGCCGCCAUUGGCUUUGUUCAGGUGGAGGUGCUUGACGAGAGCGAGACUGGCGUGGAGGCGCUUUCUACCGCGCUGGCGUCGCAUCCAACCGGCGUGAUUGGUGAACGGAUCGUGCUGGCGCUCUGUCAUGUCCAGCAUAGCGGGCGCGAGGAGACGCCGGCAGAGGUGGCGCUCCGGGCAGCGCUCAUCGAGGCAAGCGAGGUGGCGUUCUCGGCCACCGAGAUCGCGCGGUUGCGGGCUGGCGUCCGCGGCGUGGUCUUAUCCGAAGUUGCGGUGUGGACGCUCAUGGCCGGGCGACCCGCCGAUGCCCUCGGCUUGUUUGAGACGGCGCUCUCGUGCGCGCCGCAGAACCUCGACGCACUCCGUAACGGCGGAGUCGCGGCAAUCCGUGUCGGUGACUACCGGCUUGCGCGGUCGAUGUUCCACAAGGCGUACUCGUUGAAGCCAACCGACGGGCAGACGGCCGAUACGCUCGUCAAGCUCAUGCUCAACGACCACGAUUAUGCUCCCGCGGCUACCAUUGUGGCCGACGCGGUCCUGCCGUGGGCCCGCGAUCUCGGUGACCCACAAACGCUCAUUGACGCCCUGCUCCGCGGCUGCCAGGCGGCGGUACUCGGGACCGGUGAUGGUGUGCUUGCUGGCGAGUGGCACGCAGAGGCUUCGCGACUUGCUAACGCGCAUCCGCAGCUCGCAGAAGCCUUUGCCGGUCGCCUGCAAGUUAUCGGCGAGGCGCUGGCGUCGAUGGCCGACGGGUAGGGUGGUCUUGGU